UUUUAUGGCUUCCGAGCCACGAGAAAGAAAAGUAGUAGAAGGGGCGGUCCUUACACCUCACAGCUCUGUAUAAAAGGGCCUCAGCCACCCGAGAGUUCAUUCAAGCACCUGGCUCAUAGAAAGCCUGCUUAUCCAGCUUAUACAGACAGACACAUUGCAAAGAUGCUUCAGCUGCAGAACAUCUGGGACUGCAUCCGACAGUACGAGACCCUGAUGAGGUCUCCCUUUUUCCCUGCUCUGUUUUCUCUAACAGUGUACUUGAUCUUCUGUCUGCCUUUCGUGGUGCUGGACCUGCUGUCCUCCAGGGUGGCCCUGGUGAGGAGAUACAAGAUCCAGCAGAAGAAUGUGACUUUAAGCAUGAUGUGGAGCUGCUUGGCUCUUUCGCUCUACAACCAUGCGGUUUACAUCUUCCCCCUCAGCGUGCUGCACUGGUACUGGCGGCCUGUGGUUUACCCGCUGGAGGCUCCUGGUGUUCUGCAAGUGAUCUGGGGGCUGGUGUCCUGCCUGCUGCUCUUCGACUUCCAGUACUUCAUCUGGCACCUGCUGCACCACAAGGUGCCCUGGCUCUACCGCACCUUCCACAAGGUGCAUCACAAGCACACGUCCACCUUCGCCCUCACCACGGAGUACUCUGGUGCUUGGGAGACGCUGUCACUGGGCCUUUUCGCUGCCAUGAACCCCAUGGUGCUGGGCUGCCACCCCAUGACCGAGAUGCUCUUCCACAUUCUGAACAUGUGGCUCUCGGUGGAGGACCACUGUGGAUACAACCUGCCCUGGGCCACACACAGACUGGUGCCUUUUGGACUGUAUGGGGGUGCUCCCCAUCACGACCUUCACCAUCAGAAGUUCAAGGCCAACUAUGCGCCGUACUUCACACACUGGGACAAGCUUUUUGGCACCCUGCAUGCUGAAUAACCUCGAACAAGAAGACUAUAUAGAUUGUGCCUGGACUGAAUUAUUCUUUUGCAUCAAAAGAAUCUAUUGAGAGAGACUAUUUCCUUUCAUUUAAUGAAUCUUGAUGUUUCUAUUCAGUAACUACACCUCAUUUUGGUGAUCAGUGCAUUUGUAUUUACAAUUAUGUAACAAUGAACUAAUAUAAUUUAAAACACUAUUUAUUGUAUGUUUGUGAACGUUUUAUAAUAUCUCUGUUUUAAUUUAUACUGGUGUAUAUGAAGUUUAUAUAUUUAUAUGAAUGAACAGUUGUUGCUUGCGGUGUGAAGAAGACAUGAAACUGAAAUAAAACUGCAGAAAGCAGCAGUUUGAAAUUUAA